AUGCCUUUUGCCCAGUUUCUUCUUGAAGACCCUUCAAUUUCAGUAUCAGACCGACAACAGGCUAUCAAUCGUAUCUAUUCGGAUCCCGGUAUUCCCCAUGAUACCACAACCUCUUCCUUUUGGACGCAGACGCCGCACCCGCAGUUCGCGCAGCGAUCCAUGCAGCCCCUCGCUUCAAGUGCCGAUGUUGUGAUCAUUGGCUCGGGGAUAACAGGUGCUUCUAUCGCGCGUACGCUUCUCCAAAAUCGGGUCAGAUCUGCAUCGUCGACCUCUCAUCCCGCAGUCGUCAUUCUUGAAGCUCGGGACAUCUGCAGUGGAGCUACUGGCCGGAAUGGCGGCCACAUCCUCGAGACUGCAGAUGAUUAUGCCGAGCUAGCGGAUGAGUAUGGGGAAGAAGUUGCACGCAAGACAAUGCGUUUCCGGUUAUCGCAUUUGCGUGAGAUGCUGGGUGUUGCGAAAGAAUUCGGUCUCAUGGAGGAGACUCAGGCGCGUAAGGUGCAGUUUCUGAGCGCUUUCUUUGGAGAUCAGCCGUGGAAGGAUGCUUUGGAGCGACUACAACGGUUCAAAGAGGGCAUGCCAGAGGAAUCGGCAGAAUGGGUCUCAUAUGACCGAGAAUCGAUGCCGGAGGAGUUUAAGCUCACGAACGCAACGGGUGUUGUUGCAGGCCCUGCGGGUGCCUUGUGGCCUUAUAAGUUCGUCACAGGUAUACUGGCUAGACUUCUCGCAGACUAUCCGGAGGAAUUCCAAGUCAACGACCAUACAGCGGUCACAUCGGUUGAGACCGACUCAUCUUCGACCUACAAGUACCAAGUCCAGACAAAUCGGGGAAUCAUCUCAGCUCGCCAUGUCAUCCAUUGCACAAACUCUCACGUUAGUCACUUAGUACCUGCUCUACGUGGCCGCGUCUUUCCCGUGCGAGGGCAGAUGUCCGCGCAAACACCGGGCGACAAGUUCCCAUGCCAAGCAUAUGAGCACUCCUGGCUCUUUAAUUACCAUCGGGGCUUUGACUAUCUAACCCAACUUCCCGGAGGACAGAUGAUGUUCGGCGGAGGAUUUGGUCAAGGGGAAUUAGGUGGGAUUGCAGAUCUGGGAAUAGCUAGAGAUGAUGAGUUGUCCGUGUACAUUGAUAUCCACCUCUCUGGAGCAUUAAGUGCAGUCUUUGGCCGAGAGUCCUGGGGCCGGGUACAAGGGGACCCGGUGCAGUCAAUGUGGACGGGUAACAUGGCAUUCAGUACAGACGGUUUCCCGUGGGUGGGACAGUUGCCGGCCUCGGUGACACGUCAGUCAUUCCCGGAUGAGGGGGUUGGAGCCGAGUGGGUGUGCGCUGCAUUCGGCGGGGAGGGCAUGGUGCAAUGUUGGCUUUGUGGAAAAGCUUUGGCUACCAUGUUGCUCCUCCAGGAUGGGGUGUUGGACCCUGCCGUUGAUGCAGAUCUGUCUUGGAUUCCAGCACAAAUGCUUGUUUCUGAGAAACGCCUGGCUGCUGCUGAGCUACCGAGGUCUGUGGCUGGUUCCCAACGCCAAGCGCAUCUGUAG